UAGUAGAAGCGUCACAGUGACCGACGUCCCUUUGCCUCGUACCCGGCAGAGUUUAGAAAUGUCGACCGUGACGGUACGGAACGAGUACGGCUUUCGUAGAUUGGACGUGACGUUUGUACGGAGCGUGCAUUGGAGGGCCCUACCGGCAGCACCCCGCCUGCGCGCCUUCCGGUCUCGCCUCAGCAGUGCCGCUGACUGGCAGUUCCUUUCAAGGUACGUCUCGCUCGACGCGUGGGAUCCUCGUAGAGGUUUCUUACCAGUGCGUUAUAGUUUUCGGCGUGAAAUAGAUCCCGGUAAUAUUAGCAACGGCUACCACGCUUGCAACCGCUACCACAGAAUCCCUUUCAUGCACGGCCGAUUAGGAGGCGCCUUCGGAACAUGCUACUUAAUCCCUUGCAAUGCCAAUGUCGUCGCCGCCUCUCCACCUGAAACUUCGAGGAAAGAGCGGCCUGCUUGUGACCUGCUUCCUCGCGGCGCUCGCCUUACUCCUCUUAGUCUACCACGCCCUUAAUCUCCACUCCGCGCAUGACUCGUCUAGGACCCUUCUUGACAUCUUUAAGUUGGAAGACUUCUCGCUGAAACCCCCUCGCAUUGCUGCCGCUGAACCCCCGCCGGCCGAAUCCCCUCCGGCCAAAUCCCCGCCCGACGAAACCCGGCCCGCCGAAUCCGCGCCAGCCGAAUCCCCACCGGCCAAAUCCCGGGCGGCUGAAUUCCUACCGGCUGUGUCUCUGGUCGUUUUAAAGCGCACUUUUGCCGCCCUGAGCUCGUUUCAGCGAAAAAGUCGCUUACCACUCGCGAAUGUCGCGACGUUCAACUUCGGCCCCUCCGUCACGAACACUUACGCACAUUACAAGCUUUUCUCCCUGCCCGUUCCGCACGUGCCCGAGUCGCUGACGUGGCGCGAUGCAUACCCUGUAUGGGUGAACGAAUCGCGCUCAUCCUGCCCGAAAAUCCCAGAACCGAACGACCCCGAUUGGCUAACCAUUAUCGACGCGAUUGUCGCACACGUGCCGUGCGAGGAGCCUAGGGAUUCCUGGGCGAGGGAUGUUCGGUGGCUGCAGCACCUUCUCGCUAUUGCAGGCUUCGUUAUUAGGGCGCACCGCCCGUGGUUACCAGUGGUGCUGCUCUCCCCAUGCCGCCCGCCGCCCAACCUCUUCCACUGCUCGCGCCUCGUGAGGCGGGAGGGGGACGUGUGGCUCUACAACCUGACGGCCAAUGGCAUGUUGACACGUGUGCAGCCCCUAGGAUCAUGCGCCAUGGCUCAGCCAAUCAACCCCGCCGCGCCAGCCCCACACCGCGUCGCCUAUGCUACAGUGCUACACUCGUCUGAGCGCUAUGUGUGCGGCGCAAUAGUACUGGGGCACAGCAUAAGGAGGACAGGGAGCACGGCUGAGAUGGUUGUGCUUGUAUCGAAGGAGAUUACAGAGGAGAGCAGGCGAGGACUGAGGGAGGCUGGGUGGCGGGUGAAGGAGAUUGAGAGGAUAAGAAACCCCAACGCGCUCAACGGGACGUACAAUGAAUGGAACUACAGCAAGCUGCGGCUGUGGCAGCAGGCGGAGUACGCCCGGCUGGUCUUCGUUGACUCGGACCUGCUCCUGUUGACCAGCGUUGACUUCCUCUUCGCCUUCCCCGAGAUCUCGGCCCGCGGAAACGACGGCUCAGAUUUCAACUCAGGCGUGAUGGUCUUGGAGCCGUCGGAUUGCAUGUUCCAACUGCUGAUGAAAAAUCUGAGGAGAGUGCGGUCAGCCAAUGGGGGGGACCAGGGCUAUUUGAACAACGUCUUCACGUGGUGGCACCGCUUACCUGAAUCCAUCAACACCCUCAAACCCACCUGGACCACUGACCCUGUAAAGAGGCAAGCCAUCCUCGCUUUAAAGAACAGGUGGUUCUCAGAAGACCCCUCGGAAAUUCACGCAAUACACUACCUUGGUCUGAAGCCUUGGGUGUGUUACCGCGACUUUGACUGUAACGUGCUGCAUCCGACACUUCACAAUUUUGCAAACGAAGCUGCUCAUAAGAGGUGGUGGAGUGUACACGACUCGAUGCCGGAAUCUCUGCAGCUCUUUUGCAUGUUAACGAGUCAUGCAAAAAAGGAGAUCAAAAGGCGGAUGAAGAGAUCCAAGGAGUUUAAUGCGUCUAGGCAGUUGUGGGAUGGUAAAUUCAAUGACCCCCGGAGAACUUUGACUGGUAUGAAGUCGGGUGCAUGAUGAGGUGGGGAUGAAUCUAUGGGCAUGAGGAUGGGCAUGGAAGGUGAAGGCAUUGUACGGGUGUAGAAGUACUGCAAGGGAUUAUGGAGCUGGGGGUAUGGGAAUGAAGAUCAAAGGCCGCUCACAUGGUGAAUGUAUUGUUCGGACGCACAGCAAGGGAGUAUGGAGCGGGAGGAGGAAAGGUGUUUGGAGGGAGCAGUGAGCAGGGAAGCAGGGCGGAAGGGAGGAGGAAGUGUGGGAGGGAGGAGGAAGUGUGGACAUCGGAUGACCAUGCAGGCACUAAAUGUGCCAACACUGUACAUAACGACCAUCUGAUCUGAGCUUUCGGGAGGAAAGGCUAGGAAGGGAGCAACGAAAAGGGUAUUAGAAGGAAGAGCAAGUGUGGGAGGGAGGAGGAAGUGCGGGAGGGAGGAGGAAAUGAGGAGAUCGGAUGACCAUGAAGGCACGAAGUGCACCAUCAACAUGAAGACGACCAUCUGAUCUGAGGGCCGUUCAGUUUCACUGUUCAUACGGUCUCUGUUCAGCUUUUGUUGUGAUUUUGUCAGCUUCUCCUCUCCCACUCGUACAGUAUGCUAGGUGUAAGAU